GACGUAAUGCGAGUGGGCGUGGCCUACAGGUGUGCCGAAACUUGGAGCCCGAGACCGACAGUCACGUGACUUUUAACAAUAGUCGGAUUUAAUGGGAUCCUCCCACCAGAAGUUUCUACUGUCCUUAAACUUAACGAAACAAAGUAAUUCAUUUCCAGAGGGGCUACUCUUUGUGUGUUUGUGAUCUCCCAAAUCUGUCAUGCGAACUCCAGGGAUUUUUAUUUUCGGGAUGGUGCUCGCGCCUUGCGGGUGGAUUUUGGAGCUGGUCAGCACAGUGGCACCAGGCUGGCGCACGAUCAACAACAUCCCCGGAGAAUCCAUCGAUCUGGUCCUCCAGCAAGGAUUAUGGGACAUCUGCAAGACUUUCUCAUCGUCCAGGAAUAUUCAGUGCAACCAGCCGGACACUCAGUACUUCGGGGCGCAGAUCAUCCAGAUCGCGCGAGGCUUGAUGCUGGCGUCACUCAUCCUCAAUGUCAUUGCCUUCGGCGUGGCGUCGGCCGGAGUCCGGUGCUGGAGAGAUACCCCGCAAUGGACCGUCGCGGGCGUCGGAGGUGUCCUCAUCUUCCUCUCAGGGGUCCUCACCAUCAUCCCAGUGGCGUGGUACACUCACAUCAUGACCUCCAUCUUCUCCACGUCCACCGACAUUCGUGUGGGAUACUGCCUGGUGCUGGGCUUCAUCGGCGGGUGCAUGGAGGUGCUCGGGGGUUUGGUGAUGUCCAUCGGGUUGUGUCGGCGCUGUGACGGACGGAAACCGAGGACAGACACGCGCAGAGUCCCGGUGCCCAGUGUUAUCAGCGGGAGCAGUGUCCCGUACUACUCCAAACGGGAUGAGAUGGACCUCACGCGAGCGAAGAUGGAACAGGACCGUCGACCAGUGAACACGACGACUAAAGCACAACCUUACGACUCAGAUUUGUAAAAUACAAAACUUUUAACCUUGUGAACGCAAGACCCUGACGACGCACUGGAACCAUCGAUCGCUUCCGCGUGAAUAUAGUUAAGCUUAGUACUAUCAUUCAGAUUGAUCAAAUCAGUCUUUCGAAUCCCUGCUAAAAUUGUCUGUUAUGUUUUACAUUUUAGGUUUUUAGUUCACGUUGAACAGUGUGUGUGUGUGUGUGGGGGCAUGUGGAAAGGCCUUUUUGAUAAGUAUAAUUUGUGACCAUCUGUUUUACCACCUGUAUUAUCAUUGAUGUUAUCACUGUAAAAUCAACUGUGGGGGCAAUGGUGGCAACCAUACAUGUUUUUGAAGGGAAGUGAGGUUUUAUAUCGUAGAACACUAACACCGUCAGUUUGGUUUUAUACUUUGCACUUUAUAAUGUAAAGUCCUUGUAAUUUUAUUGGCAGUACCUUUACUGUCGUUUUGUAGCACACUGGGCUCUAAUGUGUACAGUAACUUAUCAGGAACCUCUUAAGUUUGCACAGUAAUACCAAUUGCAAAAAGCAAACACACAUUCGUCUGAAGGAAGCUAAUAUUUGCACUACACGGUACAGAAGUGUAUGUCUCCAGACAUAACUAUGUAAAAUAUCUUUUUAUCGAUUUUUUGUUUCACAGUAAUGUUGUAUUUGACAUCCAUCCAUCAAUAUUAAUGCAAAUGGUUGAAGGCUGUUUAUUUCUCUGUAUUUUUAUUAUGGUGAUGAUGAACAGUGUCAAGAGCUGUGGCUCAUACAUUUAUCUGCCACGAUUAUAAUAAAUGAAGCUAAAUAUUGCUAA